AUGCAGAGGCUGCUCUAUAUCCUUUCGUACGAUCGCAAAGUUUCUUUGGAUAACUGGCAAACCGUUCUUCGAAAACAGUACAACAAACGCGACCCACUUGCCAAUCCAAUCGGAUCAGAACCAGCGCAACUUUCAAGAGGAUCGCGUCUUAGCUCUAUUGCCGUGGAAGGAGAAGACGCGUCCGUCGCCGUUAAAGAGGAUGUUCAGGGUGCUGACUACACUCGAGAUUCCCUCCCGAGGGCAAGCGUCCCCCCUCCUUGGCCUGCCGUGGACAAAGCAUCGUCCUCUGAACAAGCGGAGGAGCCAGCUCAACAAAAUAACGUGCAGAAUUUUAACGAGCUAGCUAAAGAUUGGCUGGACCUACCGAUGCUCGUCAAGCUUGACUCCAUGCACCUCCUUGUAGAAUGGCAGUUCCAAAAUCCAAUGCGAUUAAGAAACCUAAUGAAAUUCGACGAUGAAGGCGCUACAUGGCGUACUGAACCCGUCGGAUAUGACAGCAAGCAGAAUACUUACUGGCUGAUUGGGGGAAACCGGCUUUGGAUUCAACGUGCACCGCCCAAGACCGGAAACUCUUUGAAGAGGAAACGCACAAACAACAAACCAGUCCAAUCAAAGGCUACUGAGCGAACGUCUCCGGCGAAGCGACCUCGAACGCAUCCUCAUUCCGGUAAUCCUUCAACUGAAGCUCAAAAUGGAAGAGGAAGCAGAGCUGCCAAAAUGCAAGCGAAACUAAAGCUCGAUGCCCAGGCCAAAGAGCUAGCCGAGUUAAAUAAGCAAGCGUCCAAGAGCAGCACAACUAGGCCUCAACGGUCGCUGACGGUUGAGGAACAUAAGGUCUCAGCAACCAGGCCCUCAAGAUCAGUCGGAACACGAGCCAGCGCGAGGCUGAAGGGUGCUCAACAGGAUGGAUGGCAACAUGUUCCUGAGGAGUGGUUGUUGAGCGGGGGCGAAGAGACGGUAGACACCAAAGAGGAAAAGGUAGUCCGUUUGAAAACGGGGCUUGAGAGCGAUGACGAUAGUGUGAGUGAUCUGACGGAACUCAGCGACGAUGUGGAGGAUGCUACGACAGCGGCCAAACCUAUUCGCAGUUUGGAACUCGACACAGAAAGCAGUACGCCGGAGCCAACACUUCAGAACAUCCCUGAAGUACCUGAGGAUUUCGUUGAAUGGGAGACUCUUUGUGUCACACUUUUCGAGUGGGAGCAUAUAGCAGAACGCUUCGAGAACUCCAAACACUACACCGAAAAAGCCUUUCAUAAGGUUUUAGUGAAUGACAUCGUGCCUCUCGUGACUGCUGAACUUCGGGAAAUUGAGGAAAAAAGUCGAAUGGAAGAAGCCAUCGUCCACAGAAAACGGUCUUCUCGGAUUGCUACAAAGGAAAGCGUAAGGGAAGAGGCACGAUUAGCUGCAAAGAGACGAGCAGAGGAAGCGGAGAAGAUGAGCCGUGCCAAACGCUUAGAGGCACGACUGCUGAAGGAGGAGGAAGAACGGUUCCGCCGAGAAACUGCUCGCGAACUGAGACGAAAAGAACGUGAAGGUGUCCAGCACACGGAACUUCCCAAACCGCAGAACGAAGUGGAUACUGCCAAUGGAGCUUCCGUAGUCGGUCCUUCAACCUCGGUGGCGGGGAAAGGAUCGAAAAGUGGAUCGCGAACACCUGUUGGAGAAGAGUGGGAGCUGGACUGUGAAAUUUGUCAGCGUCGGGGCGUUAAUCUUGACGACGGUACCCCCAUGAUGUCCUGUGAAUCAUGCGCCAAAUGGCAGCACAUACUGUGCCAUGAUAAAGCAGACCGUGCAGCUGGUCGCCGUAGGCGUGACUGGGAUGCUGUUGAAUUCAUUUGCGAAAAGUGUCGUAGGGCAAAAAUACCCGAAAACCCCAGCGAAACAAGAAGAUCUCACCCUCAAAAUUUCUCAUUUUCCACCUCUAUAAGAGCGGGGAAUUCAUACAAUUCCCAGCAGCCUACUUUUGGGGGUCGGUCGUACAAUUCAGAUUCUUACCCAACUUCGUCCCCGCUCCCGUCAACAUUUUCGACCCCAAUGCCAGCUGUACAGCCUUCAAAUCCUACCAUCGCCUUUAGCCACUAUCAACCUCAGGAGCGAGGGUUUUCUUCUGAUUCAUCGAAGCCUGGUGCUUACCCUGCCCCUUAUCACUUAUAUGGACAGCCAAGGACUCAGCAUCAAUACUCUGACUUCAGAACGAACAACCAUAAGUCACAGGUUGCGGCUGCGACUCAGCAAUUGUGGAGCAUAACUACUCCAGUCCAUCCCCCUCACUACCCUCCACAGAAUUCGCCCUCUGGGUCGGCGAAUUCUUAUGGUUUUGUAAUGCAACAACCUGGUAAUAAUCAACCAUGGGAGAUGCGCCCACCUGCACCAGCACCUACAACACAGUUUGCAACUACCCCGCUUAGAUAUUAUCCUACACCAUAUCAGCCACCCUCUAACUAACAAUGUAGAAAGAACUUUGUAUAGAUAGAUGUCAACUACCACCAUUUGUUUAUUU